AUGGAUGAUUUCGACCCUAACAACCAGACCGACGUAGACGAGCUCAGAUCCUCCUGGGUCGUGCAGUGCUGCUUGGUGGGAGCAGUUGCGGUGAACUCGGACGUGAGCACGUGGUCCUACUACACAGAUGAAGGGCAAAAGGAAGUGCAACGCCUGCUCGUAGGCACGACUGUGGUGAAUCCUACUCAUAGUGGUGAUGACCCUGAUCCUCCUACGAUGCCCACCCAUCCUGUUACAAGAGAAGGGGUGUCACCACCACCCCUUCCUGCGUCGAAAGUUUUGGUCAGGGAAUCCUCACCAGAACUGCCGCUAAGAGCUCCGCAGAACAUCCCAGACGUAUUCUUUAUCUUCACGGACCUCUCCCUCUGUACAGCGGGCGACUACCGGCUACAGUUUAUAUUGAUGAAGAUUGAGCCCGGAUCGCUGCAAGUGGGUGCCACGAUGCCUGCCCGCCAUUUUGUCACGAGUGAAGUCUUUGGGUCUGUCGACGCAAAGGAUUCGAGCCUAGCACCCACUUGGUACGAGGGCUCGGUGAUCGAGGUGUAGGAUUCGGUCUCAAAUUGGAAAAGGGGCCCAGGAAAAGCCAAGGACGAGAGGGGAAACAAUCG